UUUUUUGGAAAAAUUUGUGGAAAGUGCUUGGUUAUCAAAAGACUUAGGUAGCAGAUUAAAAUAAAACUAAAUUCUAGUAUUAUAAUAGGUAAUGGCAACGUGAAAUAGAUGCAUAUGAUAGGUGGAAUGUUAUCUCUCCAGUCCAACAACCAAUCAUGUGCUAUCAUUAUUAUCAUUCAUCGUGACCAACCGAAGUAUUUAGCAGAAAACUUUUUUAGGGGUACCCGAUAUUCCUGGGCACCCUGUAUGGUAAUUUAUGCUUCAAUUUUCCUGAUAUGCUCUGGGGAUGGAUAUAAAAUAUUGGCAAUAUUUCCAUGGCCUGCUAAAAGUCGUUUUACUUGCAAUAAUGCCAUUAUGAAAAGUUUGAUUGAUUCUGGCCACGAAGUCACUGUCCUCACGUCGUUUCCUGAACAAGCUUCUGCAGAAAAUUAUUCAUCAGUGAUCGACGUUUCUGAGAAGAACUUGACUCUUUUUGGGAAAUCAAAAUAUAACGAAUGGACUACGCAAAAUCCUUUUGAAAUUUUCGAAAAAGGAAUUAGAAUAGGAUUCCCUUACUGUUCCAAAGUUCUGAAUUCACCAGAAAUCCAAAGAAUAUUAAAAAGCGAUAAAAAACUAUACGAUGUGGUAUUCGUUGAAAUUUUGUUCUUUUAUAAAUGUUUUUUGCCUGUUGCCGAAAAACUGAAUAUACCAGUUAUUGCUACUGUAACCACGAAGACCAGGACUCAAGCAGAUCAUGCGAUUAAUAAUCCCAACAACCCAGCUUGUAUUCCAUAUGAAAUACUAUCGCAAAAACGAAAACUGGAUCAUAUUUUUGGACGAAUUACUAAUUUAUUGAAUCAUUUGGCAUCAUUUUGGUAUGAAAACUUCGUUGUGCCAAACAUGUUGAAACAGUUCCAUAAUGAUCACACCGAUCAGCUCAGAUCUUUCGGAAAAUAUUUGGACAUGGAGCCCAAUUUAAUUUUUUAUAACAAUCAUGCUUCCCUGUUCUCGAGGCCAAUGAAUCCAAAUGCGGUUGAAAUCGGAGGAAUACAUAUACAAGGUGCCAAACCUUUGCCAACGAAUAUUCAGAAGUUUAUCGAUGAAGCAGAGCAUGGCGUCAUUUUAUUCACACUUGGGUCAGUUGUUCGAGCAGCUACAUUGCCUUUUGAAAGUCAGAAGGCGUUCACAGAUGCUUUUGCCGAAUUACCACAAAGAAUUAUUUGGAAAUUUGAGGAAAAAAUAGAACAUUUAUCCAGUAACGUGAUGAUGCUCGACUGGUUGCCUCAACGAGAUAUUCUGGAACAUGAAAAUGUGAUAGCUUUCAUUAGUCACUGCGGAUUGGGAGGCGUAAAUGAAGCAGUUUACACGGCUACGCCUGUAGUUGCUUGUCCUCUAUUUGGUGAUCAACCAGGGAAUGCAGAUAUAUUGGAGGAUAUGGGAGCAGCAGUUCGUUUAGAUAUCCAUGAAAUCACCAAACAAAACGUACUCAAUGCAUUAAAUUCAAUUAUUAAUGAUACUAGGUUUUACAACAAUAUGCAAAAGCUGUCAAAAAAAUUCAAAGAUCGACCAAUGACACCACAGCAAAGCGUCGUUUAUUGGACUGAAUAUGUGAUCAGACAUCAAGGUGCAUCUCAUUUGAAAAGUCCUGCAGCUCAGUUGUCCUGGUUCCAAUUUUUAAUGCUCGAUAUCGUACUUGUUAUAGUAACAGUUCUAGUCAUUUCUGUGUAUUUAUUGUUUUGUGUGGUGAGAAUUUUUUCAUCUUAUUUCGCACAUGUCAGAUUUUUCAAUAGAUUUAAUAAGCCAAACAGUAAAAAGCUUUAAGAAACAUCUAAUAUGUACCUACCUACGUACAAAGGCACCUACAUACCUAGUUAGACUGCCCUAAAAAUAAAUUCAAAGUAGAAACA